AAAGAAAAGCAAAAAAAAAAGAUUAGACAAAAAAAAACUAAGAAGCUAAGCAAAAAUGGCGAGAAGAUGUCAAGAACAAGUAGAAGAAGAAGAAAAGGAGAACUUUCCUCUUAUUACAACAAAAACAGUCGAAUACUUACAACCAGUAAUGCGCCGAGAGCUACUCCUCAAAUUUCCAGACAACUCUGCUUUUGGAUUCGACUACGCACAGAGCUCUCUCUGGUCUCCUCUCUUGCCUCUAAACUACGCAAGCCCUUCCGAUCUUGACUCGGACACUUUCGUUUGUCGGAACCUUGAGCUAGGAGAGUUUCUAGAAAGCAAGAAGAAGAUGAAGAUCGCAAUGAAAAAGAAGAAGAAGAAGAAGAAGAUAGUGAAACUAGACGAGUCAGAUUCUCCUAAACUUGGCUGCUUUGCUAUUCCGACCAAAGGAUGGGACGGUUUGCUAAAGGUAGCUUCAAAACACUUCAAGGAAUCGAAAAAUAAGAGAGACCCAGUCGCUGAUGUCAAGCUUCUCAACUUUUGCAAAUGCUGAAAGUUAAUAUGCAUACCACUUCAAUGUUAGUUCUAUGUUGUUGUUGUUGGUUCUUUUGCUCAUAUGUUUCACAAGUCAACAAUAUUUGGAUAAUAUGGGUUGAUUUUAUUUGUUUUGUUUUUAUUCGUUUUAUCUGUUAGGUAUGGUCUUCAACAUGUAAACCAUUGGAGUGUUUGAUCAUAUACACAGUAAUAUAUCACUGGCUGCUUUGCUUUAA